CUGAAAUUACCUUUCAACGAAACAACCUUGUUUUUUAUGCUUGCUACUUGAACCUUCACUUGAUAUAUUUUUAUUUAUAUUUCCUAACAUUUUACAAAAGUUUCUAUUCUAAAAAUAUUCUCACAGCGAAACAUACGUUAUACUAGUAUGUAUAUGUUUGUACGGACUUUGAAAACGAUUCAAAUUAAGUCUCUUGAUUCAUUUACGGUGUUCUUAACUUCAAAAUAAUUCAUCCAUUUUAGCAUUCAUUUUUGGACUUAAAAUCCAUUUACCGACAUUUCUUAGCUUAUUCUCUAUUAGACAGGAUUAAAACUUCGGUUACUGUUCCACGAUUGAAAAACAGUUUUGAAACAAUAUCAACGGCUAAAAAGUGGCAGACAUCCAGUUAUUACAUAUUUUCUUUCACUGGAAUCAACACUAAUUUUAAUAGAUUAAAGCCGUUACAAAAGGUGUUCCAAUAGUUAUCUAGUCCUGCUUACAGUUAAAGAACCGUUUAUUUCGUUUUUCUAAAUCCUUUAACCAAAAAGCUUCCAACGAUUGAUUAUUGUAUAUCGCUUGUCUCUGUCACUUACCUCUACAGACAAAAUCAUGAACUUGUUUGAGACUACUCUUUAUGCAAACGGAGAAAUCUUUCUACUCUCUGAGCAUCUUGGUCGCAUGAAACAUUCUGCUUCCACUUUGGGUUAUUAUUGGCCUGGGGAAGAAGCAGUGAAAGAAAAACUCUUACAUGCUACUGAAACACUUGACCAAGCCAGGUUACGAUGGGAGCUCUCGAAAGACGGUAAAAUUCAUGUUAAGGCUGUUCCUGUCGCUGUAUCGAACGAACAGCCUUUGUAUACUGUUUUCUUGGAUACCCAGCCAAGUGAUACUCAGAACAAUGUUACAUGCAUUAAUAAAACUACCUCGAGAGAUAUCUACAGUUAUGCGGUACAAAGAACAGGCAUCGAAUACGCCAAACACCAGGAUGUCUUGUUACACAAUUCAAGCGGGUUUGUAACCGAGGGCACCAUCUUCAACGUUGCGUUUGAACGACACAACCAAUGGGUUACUCCAAACCUCAAACACGGUCUACUUCCUGGUACAAUGAGGCAGCAUCUCCUAUCUACUGGUUACAUUGUACAAGACAAACAAAAUGAACUACGCAAAGAAAGUUUAAAAAAUGGCGAGCAGAUUCUCUUAUUCAACUCAUUUCGUAAAAUAUGCAAAGGAGUCUUAAUUAUAAAGCCCUAAGCUUUAGUUAUCUGCUUAAGAAGAAGGG